UUAUAUUAGCGACGCUAGAUUUACUUCUACAGAGAGCAUAUAAGCCAGUAGGGUAAACAUUGUUUUUCAGUCAAUAGCAGUUUCUCUCCUUCAUGUUUUAUCAAUAUCGUUUAGCAAAUACGGAGUUCCUAUUUUAUGCGUUGAAUAUUUGAACCUUCGUGCGGAUCGAAUAGAUAGCAGUAUUCUCUGACACACGGGAAAAGGCGGAGGGUGAAGCUCUACAGAGACCCGACGAAGCAAUCGAGAUGUCAUACGAGCAGAACGUCAAGCCGUGGUCCGGGAUGUACAUGCAACAGACCACAUACAAACAUGAUUACAACCCGGCGGGAGGGAUCUCACCGAGGAACAGACAGACCAAUUACCCUUACGGAGCCGACGCCCCCAAGGCGGACAUUCCCGGUCCUUACAACAACUUCCGGCCCAGAUAUGGCGACCCCCUCCCCCAGCAUAUCAGAGAUCAGCUUCGUAAUUAUUUGGACGGACAAAGAUUUGAUGACCAGCCUCUCACCGACAGGCAAAGAAUAAAACGGGGAGAGGAAUGGAUUGGAGGGAGACGAUAUGACGAGCCUAUGACGGACCGAGGGGUUUACGGUCCACCAAGAAGGCAGUAUUACGAGAGGGAGCGAGGCCGGGAUCUGUCGCCUUACCGGGGAGAUGACAGAAUUUAUAAUGUGUUGGAUAAUGGUCGAAGAACCUCUUUAGAUAGGCCAAUAAAUAGAAACAGGGACAAUGAAUUUGAAAGGCAAAAUUUGAGGCUUGGGCGCCAUACCUCCUUAGAUAGGUACGAUUUAAUGGAUAAACGAAAAGAAAAUCUGAAGCAAUACAUCCAAAACAGGAGGAGGGACCCGUUUGAGGGACUGUAUCAAGACAGAGGGAGAAACGGGUCACCCGAAAGGUAUUACGACCGUGGGAGAGACAAUGGUAGGGGUCGGGACUUUGACAGGAGGAGAGACGAGUCCCCUGGCAAGUUUAGAGAAUGGGAUCGGGAUCGGAAUGGUUAUAAUGGUUAUAAUGAUCGGUACUCUCGCCUAUUCCGUGACAAGUUCAAAUAUCUCGACUUGUACGAGAGGCCAGCACAACCAAUGAUUGACAGCUACGCUGACCAUCGGAAAAUGACCGACAGAACGACAUACAAGGACUAUGGAGAGUUUCUGCAAGAAAAGAUAAAAUUGGAUGAACUUAAAAAGCAACCCGUAGAAUACCCGGCCGCUAAUCUUAGGGAUCACCUAACCCACAGGGAGACCUACAGGGAGCAAAUGCAUGGGCCGGAAAUGGUGAGAAAACCUUACAACAGCCAGGAUAAGUUGCUGGAGAGGGAACGGCAGCUUGAAGCUCAGAUCCGUCGGGAAAUGGAAAAAAUCGAGUUGCAUGACGGGAAUUUCAAACCCUGGGCGAGGGAUGCUAAGAACCCCACGCAUCACGUGCCCAAGUCCACCAACAGUGGAGUCUACCUCUUCAUCAGAACCAACAAACUCGCCAAGGCUGACGUCGUCAAGGCUCUACAGGAGGGACGCUCCGUGCUGGCCAACUCAUACGGGCAACUCAAGGGCAUCGCUACCAACAGGGAGAUAAGUCUGCUGGAGGGACGACCGGAUGGCUGGACUCACCAACCGUCCGUGGACCAAGAACGGACGUGGAACAUAGACGAUAUCGUCUUAGUUAUCUGGUUCCCUACCAGCAAGGAAGCGGAAAUGUGGCUUCGUCAUGAAAAACAUUUCCGUAAUGCAGCUUUUCCGGAAUUCUAUGGAUCUGACGUCGUGUCUCUACCAAUUAACUGGAACCCGACAAACGAUCGACAUUACCCAACAUUCCUUGUAACGGAAUUCGAAGGAAUCGUUGACCCAGAUCAGUUCAGGGAGAAGUUCGCCAUCAACAUGAGUGACGUGUUACACCGUCACGAGGCCGAGCGCUUCGUCAUCCAGACAGUCGGAAUCAAGCAUCUGCGUGGGAACUGGUUCAAACCCAAGAGCGUGGUAACGUGCACCAGAUUCCCAAGCAGUGAAGCGGCCCUGCGGUUUUUUCAUGACCCGGAGUAUGAACGUUUGAGGCGGUCAGUGAGGGACAUCUCCAAGAACCGCACCACCGUCAUGUUCACCCUGACCGAGCGCCCCGUGUGAGCCCCACCCCCGGCAAUCAAUCGCUGCCAAAGCAACCUCCAAACAAUCUGUGAUAAAAACUGAAUACUAGCUACACGUUUUAGAACCAGUGGAUCAGUAUUACUCAGAGAUAGACAGCCCUUAUCCUAAGAUUAUAGUCCUCUUUCUAAUAUUCAUUCCGUCUUCUGCUUCUAAGUUUUGAAUUUAUUUUAAAUAGAAUUAUGUCCGUCCACUGCCUGAAUACUGUUUAGUUAUAAAUGUAGACACUAAUAUAUAUUGCUUCAAAGAAAACUUGGAAUUCCUUCUGAGCCCCUGUGAUAUCAUAUAUCAUAACAUGUUUCAGUCUUAUUUGACUUUUGUAUAUAGUCCCAUCCUGUCAUGCUAUUUAUUUGCGUUUCUGCAUCAAGCACUGGUGACCUUCAACAAAUUCACUAUUUAUUUUUCUGCAUGUAUUGGGAAAGGUGUUCUCUAAUAAAUUAAAUCAAAAGAUUCAAAA